AAUCCAUCUUAAUUAAUUGUAAUAAUUAGCAAACUGAACAAGCAAUGGAGGAAGUAGUGAAAGUGAAGGUCGAAGAAGAUGGCAUUCCGACGGCCGUGCUGCCUAUGGAAGGGUUGCACGACGUUGGUCCGCCACCAUUUCUGAGCAAAACUUAUGAAAUGGUGGAAGAUUCUUCAACUGAUGAAGUCAUAUCGUGGAGCACAACAAGGAAUAGCUUUAUUGUUUGGGAUUCUCACAAGUUUUCCACCACAUUGUUGCCUAGAUUUUUCAAGCACAGCAAUUUUUCCAGUUUCAUUCGCCAGCUUAACACAUAUGGAUUUAGAAAGGUGGAUCCUGACAGAUGGGAAUUUGCGAAUGAAGGUUUCCUGGGAGGGCAGAAGCAUCUUUUGAAGACGAUAAAGAGGAGGAGGAAUGUUGGUCAAAGUAUGAAUCAACAAGGAUCCGGAGCUUGCAUUGAAAUUGGUUAUUAUGGGAUGGAGGAGGAGCUAGAAAGAUUACAGAGGGAUAAAAACGUGUUGAUGACUGAAAUAGUUAAACUUAGGCAGCAACAGCAGAGUACGAGGAAUCAGAUCAUUGCCAUGGGAGAAAAAAUCGAAAGCCAGGAGAGGAAACAAGAGCAGAUGAUGAGUUUCUUAGCAAAGAUCUUCAGCAAUCCAACUUUUCUCCAGCAGUACUUGGACAAACAUGUGCAGAGAAAAGAUAAACAACGUAUCGAAGUUGGACAAAAGAGGAGACUAACGAUGACCCCCAGUGCUGAGAACAUUCAAAAUGUAGCCACAGGAAGUGAUCAUCAGCCAAUGAAUUACUCCUCACACCAAGAGCGUGAAGCUGAGCUUGCAAGUAUUGAAAUGUUACUCUCUGCUGCAAUGGACAAUGAAUCAAGCAGCAAUGUCAGGUCGGCUUCUGUUGUGACAGCAAAUGGCACAGAUAUGGAACCAGGGCCUGAAGAUAUUUGGGAAGAGUUGCUCAGUGAAGAUCUUAUAUCCGGGGAUCAAGCAGAGGAAGUAGUGGUUGUUGAACAACCUGAAUUCGACGUGGAAGUUGAAGAUCUUGUUGCAAAAACAACUGAAUGGGGUGAGGAAUUACAAGACCUUGUAGAUGAACUUGGUUUCCUUUAGGUCCAAUCCGUAAAAGCUUCACUUUGAGGGAAACUCUAAUUGACCUUGACACAAUUCCAGUAUCCUAUAUUGAGUUACUGCUUUCAAAUAUGUUUUAGUUAAUAUUUGUACUUGUUAUUUCUCUUAUAUAGCAGGGAUGGGACAACGCCUAAAGCAAAAACAAGAUUUUAUAUUACAUUCCUUGUUGAUAUUUAGAUUGUAUUAAUAUUUUUUGGGAAGUGAAGUGCAGAAUUGAUAUUUUUCUUUU